AUGUAUGGAUUCGAACCUUCGUCUUCAUCAUCGUCGUCAUCUGAUGACGAUUCCUUCGUGACUACCGAGAUGCGCCCAACGGACCUUCUGACCCUGGCAAUGAAGAAGCGCCGAGCACUGUACAACAAGAAAGAGAGGAACAUGCGAUGUGAGGUUUUGCAAACCUCGUUUAUUUCUAGUUUGUGUAAGCAUAUGGGGGAGAGUCGGAAACGCCGUAGGCGUGGGGGAAAGAAGCGCUCUUCGAGCAUCAGUUCUACGAAUGUUUCUAGUACCUACUCUGACAUGACACCCGAUAGGGUGAAUCCCGUUUACAACGUCGAACCUUUGGUUCAGAAUGAUCAUCAGCUGUGUUUCGACGAGCCAGCCAAGAAGAAAGCCAAGGACAGCUACAUGGACCCAUUCGGAUUGGAGGAAUUCUUCAAGAACAUCGGUUCAAAGGCAAUAAAAGGGACGUCGCCGGAUCCGCUCACCAACACUGCUUGA